AUGUCGAGUACACCAGCAAGCUUCAGCUAUCUUACCGCGUACGGUACGUCAAGAACUGGACUUUCUCCUAGCCCACCAGAUCACAAUUCCGUGCUUGAUGAGGAAGUCCGACUAUACACUAAUAACAAGGAUCGAGAAAAAUAUGAAAAUUUGGCAGAUGUAUAUGCGAUUAUCGUAACAAUGGAGCAUUUGGAAAAGGCGUAUGUUAGGGAUUCAGUUACUGCCGCUGAAUAUACACCUUCAUGCGCAAAAUUAAUAGCUCAAUAUAAAACCGCAAUGAAUUUGGUAUGCGAUCUGAUUCCCGAUGUGGAGCAAUUUAUGAAGGAAUAUAAGUUAAAAUGUCCGGCUGCAGUUAAUAGGUUUAAAAUCGGUGUACCUGCAACUAUUGAACAUUCUAUAGAUCCUAUCAAAUCUGCAAAAUACGUGGCAGAAUCUGUCUCUCACUUUAUCACGUUAAUGGAUGCGCUCAAAUUAAAUAUGAAGGCUGUGGAUGAAAUUCAUCCAAUGCUUAGUGAUUUAAUGCAAAGUUUAAACAAUGUGAGCUCACUACCCGCAGAACAUGAAGCUAAAAUAAGGAAUUGGUUAAUCACAUUAAAUAGUAUGAAGGCCAGCGAUGAAAUAAAUGAGGAACAAGUACGACAGCUAUUAUUCGAUCUCGAAAAUGCUCAUAAUGCGUUUUAUCGCUCAUUAUCAGACAAGAACUGA